AUGGUCCUCCAUCGCGAGGGCGCACGCAUGGUCGCCAAGCUGGAGCUGGAGGAUCCCAACGUCCGUGCCCGUUUUCAGCGCUUGUUGGACCUCACCCACCGGAAGGUCUACACCCGCGACCGCAUGGGUGAGCCAGUCCCCGAGAGGUUGCAACUCCUCACCGUGUCCUCUGUGACCAACGACGAGUCUUGGGCACAGUACGUGGCACGGCGUGAGGCCGUCCGUCGGGAGAUCGACUCUGACAAAACGGACUGGUGCAGCUAUGAUGUUGACACCGUUGCGCGAUCGUCAGGCGACGAGGCGCUGGAUGCCUUGGGCGAAAGCGCCGAAAGCAUCGCCUUUGCCAUGGCGGAUGAUUUUGCCACGCCUUUGAUGGGCGAGGUGAAUGAGGUCUUCCUCUUCCACGGCACCACCGAGAGCGCCGCGGAGAAGAUCAAGACCCACGACUUCAGGAUCAACCUGGCGGGCUCCAAUGCUGGCACCUUGUAUGGCCGAGGCAUCUACCUGGCUGAGAACGCCACGAAGAGUGAUGAAUACACGCAUCCCGGGCCGAAUGGUGUGCGACACCUGCUGCUUUGCCGUGUCACGCUGGGGCGCGUGUUUUACAGCAACACCAAGGACGGGACUCGGGACGGUCCUGUGUUGCACCUGGUUUUCAAGUUGAGGGUGCAGGGAGUGACUGGUGUGACAGCAGGGAGGUGCAGGAGGUGCAUGUAG